CUUUUAUUGACUUUGUUCUUUCACUAACCCUACCCUCAUCGUAGGCUUUUUUUUUCUCCAGUUUUUUAACUUGAAGGCGGGAAAAAAGAAAAGAGAAUAAGAUUAUCUAGAAGAGAGCAUAUUCGCAGGAAGAUGAACUUUUCUCCUUAUUCACCUUCGCCAGACGACGACAGACAUUCUCGAACACCCAAAGCUUCUUCAUCGCGAGCAACACAACAACACCAACAGGCCAAUAUCAGCUCUUAUCAAGCUGGAAGCAACCCUGAGUCAUUUGCAGAACAAGGUCUUCUAGGCAAUCAUAGUAGUAGUAGUAGCAGCAGUGGUUUUGGAGGACAACCCACCGUUCGCGUGAAUAAGUAUGAGACAUCUCUACCUAUUCGGGUAGAUGUCGAAGCAUCCUUAGCCUAUCUUGCUGGUCCGAUCACAGGUUUACUGUUAUUAAUUCUUGAGCGACAGAAUGAUUAUGUUCGCUUUCAUGCUUGGCAGUCUUCUUUAACGUUUUCAUCGUUAAUGGUGCUUCAAUUCAUAAUGCUAUUUAUUUCCAACUUUUUAUCUUGGGUUUUAUUCUUUUUUUCAAUAUUCUUAUUGAUAUGGCUGGCGUAUAGAGCCUAUUUAGAUGGAGUGUCGCUGGAAAGAUAUGAGGUCCCCUAUUUUGGACCCAUGGCCUCGGAAUAUGUAGAUGAAGAAUAAUGCUAUCACUACAGCAUAAAUGUUCAACAAAGAUACCUUGGUGAAUAGAGCUGAAGCACAAACACUACUCCAUUAAUCACAGCCAUAUUCAUUUACGUCUACGACUAUACAUUUAUCAGUAAAACAAAAAAAAAGAAAAAAAAAAAGAUAAUAGCACUUUCUGUUUGUUAGAGCUGAUCAACAGCCAUAAAAGAAACGGAUUUUAUACAACUUAUCAAAGUGGCAUAGUUUUGUUCAUUGUCAGAGCAUAAAAAUAUAAAUGGAACAGUAAAGAUAUGGUUUUUCUGCAUGAUCUCGUUGGGAAAAGGAA